GUCACGAGUGUCAUUUCGAAACUGUUUAUGACGUUUACGAGGAUUUCAGGAGCAUUCAAAUUGACGAAAAUGGAAAUUUUUUAGGCGGUUAAAAGCUUUUUUAUUGACACAACUCCAUAUUAGAGACAUUUUGGUUGGUUAUAAUAUAUUGAUAUGGUUUAUCAAUGAAAAUUAAUUUUAUGAGUGGCAAAGAAGAAAAGACAACUUAUUGGCCUCCUUAGAUAACUGCAGAAAACAUGGAUUUUCAAUACUCCAACAUAAAGCAAGAAGAUUUUCAUAAUAAAUGUUGUAGUGGUAGAAUAUGGUGUAUAAAAGAUAUAUGCGGUAUCAUUUGUGCAAUACUAACAUGGCUUCUAAUAUUUUAUGCAGAAUUUGUGGUAAUGUCUGUAAUCCUCAUUCCAACCCUCGAUUCUUUGUACAGCGUAUCUAAUACUAUUUUAUUUCAAACUCUUGCUUUUUUGGCAUUCGCAUCACACUUGAAGACUAUGUUCACUGAUCCGGGUGCUGUUCCAAAAGGCAAUGCUACUAAAGAAAUGAUUCGACAAAUGGGCUUCCGUGAAGGCCAAGUGAUAUUUAAGUGCCCUAAAUGUUGCAGCAUAAAACCUGAUAGAGCACAUCACUGUUCAGUUUGUCAGAGAUGUGUUAGAAAAAUGGACCAUCAUUGUCCCUGGGUUAAUAAUUGUGUUGGAGAGAACAAUCAAAAGUACUUCGUUUUAUUUACAUUCUAUAUAGCAAGCAUAUCAAUUCACUCAUUGAUACUGGCAGUGAAUCAGAUGCUUACAUGUGUUCAACAUGAAUGGAAAGACUGCACUGCUUACACUCCACCAACUACUGUUGUCUUGUUGUUAUUUCUCAUCUUUGAAGCAUUGCUAUUUGCGAUUUUCACUCUGGUUAUGUUGGCAACACAGGUACAAGCAAUAUGGAAUGACAAGACUGGAAUAGAGCAGCUGAAGAAAGAGCAGGCUACUUGGGCAAAAAAAUCAAGGUGGAAAAGUAUUCAAGCUGUUUUUGGCAGGUUCUCCAUAUUAUGGUUUUCCCCUUUUGCCAAACCUUCUCCAAGUUAUAAAACAGAUCAUUACUUCUACUCUGUUUAGUUAUUUAUAUUUUGUUACAAUGGACGUAAGCAUAUUCCGUUUUUGUGAUAUUUUAAUGGUAAUCAAAUAUAUCCCACAUAUCAAAAA